GAUGUUGUCAUUACUUGUGACUCUGCAGGUCUAAAAUGUUGUAGCAGUUUUCGUGGGAAACGACAUCGCAAAAAACUCAACGUUAUAGGAUUCUAAAACUUAUGAUCGAAGGGAUAUCAAGAAAAUGGCAGAUUCUUUGAUUUUGAAUGUUGGUGGGAAGAUAUAUCAAACAAAUAAAUCAACCCUCGAACGAUACACGGACAGUAUUUUCCCAAGCUUGCUGAAAGGCGGUGCGUCUGCGAUAAAUGAACAAGGACAGUACGUUCUAGAUCGGGAUGGAAAGGUCUUUCGCCAUGUACUCAAUUUCUUGAGAUGCAGGAAACUGGUGCUUCCUGCUGGGUUUUGUGAAUAUGAUUUGCUCCUGUGCGAAGCUAAGUUCUUCAAACUUUUUGCUCUCCAGAAAGCCAUUGAAGAAGAGACACGUGGAGAGAUCGGUCUGAGGGUUGGUGGCAGGACCUUCCGGAUGACUAUUAAAGAGGCGACGAGGGAAAAGGACUCCUUCUUCGACAAGAUGCUGGACGGAAGGAAGAUCGUUCCUCGAGAUGCACUUGGCAACUACCUGGUCGACAGAGAUGCGAGCUUGUUCCGAUAUGUCAUGCGUUACCUUCGAGACGGUGGCCUCUUCUUUAACAUGACAGAAUUCGAACAACUGAAAAAGGAGGGGGAGUACUUUGGGCUCGACAUGCUGGUACACCACGUUGAAAGCUUCCGUUUAAUGAAGAUAUUAGACAAAGGUUGCCUGAAUCUCCACCUCUUCUACCAUGAUGGCAGUGACCAAUGUGUCAUCUAUGCCAACAAAGCUAAGAUAGACGGAUGGUUCUCAUCCUGGAAUAUCUCCGAGAUAUGUUCCAAAUAUAUAACCUUUAAACACGAUCCAACAGAUCUGGCUGGCGCAUCUUCGUUUGUCGGGCUGUCUGGUUUCUCACUCUGCACAAAAGAACAUACAGGUAUCAUUCCGAUCAUUCGCGAAAAGCUUGGUGCGAAACAAAGACCAAGGGAGGUUCCGCUGAGUAACGGCUGGACCAAGUUGCAGUUUACAGCUUAAUCCUAUAAGAUCGGAUAUCUUGCGGUCCCUGUCCUUUGUAUAAAAAAAUGUAUAUUGUAAAGUGGUGCCUCUGGGUACAAGAGGAGAAGGAAGGGCCAAGGGGCAGUCUUAUCCCGUUGCAUAAAACAUGGACCAUCCGAUGGUAACUCACAUGGAAUCUAUGAUUUUGACUGGCUGUGGAGCAUUGUUACCAUGGAUGGCAAAUUUAACAUAAUAGUAAUUUUUUUAUGCACUGGGGCUCAUGUCGCUUAAGCAGUUGAUAUCCUUCCGGGUGUGGGUGUUCACACUUUCUAAUUCAGUAGGCCUAUAGGUGUUCAGAAGUUCAGGGCGUUCAGACUCAAUGGGUGUUAAUUAGGGCGUUCAGACUCUAUCAGAGACAUGUUUGUAGUUUGAUUGGUAGUUUCACUCUACGUCUGCUAGUACCUCUAAUCAGUUUUAACGCCUCUUAGCACAGUAGGAGCAAUGCCACAAUUAGUGAGUGUGUGUAUGAGGGGGGGGGGUAGGGGACAGGGCGAUCCAAUUUGAUUAUUCGUGUGAGCGAAAAAUAGGGUAAAACAGCUGUAAAAUGUAAACGGAAGAAAUAGAGCGUUGGAAAAGUGUCGAUUUUAGAAUACCUCCAUUUCUCGGUGAAUCAAAAUGAAGUCUUAGUGUCAGUAAAUUUAUCAUUUUUUACCCUCCCAGUUUCAAAACACACUGGCGCUACCCUUGUUUUAAACCUGACAUUUAGUAGUGAAGACAUUUAGGAAAAUAAUAUAAGAAGGUAUUAUUCAAGUCAAUUCAAUUCCAUUAAAUUUUUCGAGGCCCUCUAUCAAAUUCAAGCUCCUACUUUAAGAUAGUGGCCUCUCACAUUUUUUCAAAUUGAUUUAUAUGUAUAUUAUAAUUAGUUCAUAUACAUGUUUUAACAAUGAAAAGAGACAAAAAUUCCAAGUACCGUUUAUAUUUAAUAAUUAACAAUAAAUGGUGGUGAUUUUUUACCUGAUUGCUAAGAAAGCAUGAAUGCUUGUAAGCAAGCAACCAGAGGACCGACGGCUUAAGCUCCUCUCCGAAGGACCUGGUACUGAGGAUUAAUGCCUUACCAAAGGGCACUAGCGCACCAAGUGGGAAUCGAAUCCUGGUCACCGGAAUAUGAGUCCCCCGCUCUACCGACUGAGCUAUCGCGCCUCAUUGAUUCAAUUAGAAUAUAAUGCUAUAUAUUAUUAUAUUAAGAUGGAAAUGUAUGCUCAUUGUUAUGUAAUGUUGAAAUAUGAGUAUGCUUGUACAUGUAUACUAUUAUUAUUGAAAUGUGGAAAUCAAAUGAAAUCUAUAGGAAACCUAGCACAGUGGCGGACCGUGACCCGG